UUCAUCUUCUUAACCCGACAUUCUUCAUUUAUCUAUAAGUAGAGCGAUCAAAACUUAUAAUCUCAAUAUUGGCUGUUGAAGGGAGUUUUGAAAUUGACACUUGGAUCUGUUCGAAAAAGAUGAGCUCUGAUGCAUCUUUCCAGAUCUAUCACAACGGCAAGUUUAAUGUCUCAGGCAGCGGUGUUGUUACAUAUGAUGGAGGGGAGAUUCACAAACUUGAUAGCCAACCGGAAUCAAUGUUGGAGAACUUGGUGGAUUCGUUGAAGUUGUCUUUGUCUGAGCAUAGGAUUUGGUUUAAACUUCCAUUUGAGAGUUUGUCGGAUCUAAAGAUGAUUUGUAAUGGAACCGAUGGAGUUGAGAGAAUGUGUAUAGCUGCAAAUUACACUAAAGCUGUUGAUAUUUUCUUGGAGAAAAACAUGGAGAAAGAAGGAGGUGGAGUAUGACUGGGAUACCUUGUCGACAUGUACUGCGUAUAAUAUUGAAGAAAAAACUGAAACCUGAGGAUUUUGUUGUCUCAGAUUGGUAUUUGACUACAAGAUGGGUUAUGCAAUACAGUGAGACACUAAUGGGAGUGAAUGGAAUGUAUUUUUGGGAAAAUUCUGGGGAAUCUAGACUUCAACCACCACCAAGACAAGUAGAUAAAGGUCCAAAAAAAAAGCAGAAAAGAAUCAAGGGGAAAAAUGAGUCACCACAAAAGAAGAAAAAGAAGAAGAAUGAGAAAAGGAAUGAAGAAGAAGAACCUGCUCAGAAAAAAACUGUCAAGAGAAGGAAUGAAACUUCAUUGUGGGCGUUGUGGAUUAACAGGCCAUAAUAUAGUGAGGUGCAACAACACUGGAGUCCCGGUUAAAAGGCCACCGAAGAAGCAAUCAGAUUCUGGUCCAAGCCAAGUAAACCAAACAAGUCAAUCAAGUCAGCUGUCACAAGCCUCUCAAGCAACUCAAUCAAGUCAAGCAUCACAACCUGUUCAAGCAAGUUAAGCAUCACAAAUACAAGCACCAUCAAGCAUGAUGGCUCAUAUUUUAGAAGUUUUUUUUAUUGAGUUUCAGAUUUGAAAUGUUUAGGUAUGUUUUUUUUCUGGUAAUGCAGUUAGUUUUUAGGGGUUUAGAGAUGGUUAUCCUCGUUUUUUUGCUGGUAAUGCAUUCAGUUUUUAAGUGUU